UCGCUGUCGCUCGUCAGCUCUAGUGGAAUCAAUAAAAGUAACAAGCAGGACGCGGCUCUAAUACGGCGGAAUUUCACAAAAAUGUCACAGCAAGCGAAAGUGGACACACAGAAUGGUCUGAAUGGCGCCUCUGCCAACAAAUCGAACGGCACUGUGCAGCAACUGGGAACCAGCAGCAACCUGGAACUAACUGUUCCUCACACUAGAACGCGGCACGUGUCGGGCGGAGUUGAGGAAAUCGUCGAUCCCUUUUGCGAUUCGAAGAAUCCGAAACGCAUUUCAUUCCAUGAUGUAACAUCAGCUGCCUUUUUAAUUAAGGGUGGCGUGGAGCGCACACCCUGUCCAAGAUCCACAUCGUCAGAGUCCUAUGGGAUGGAUCUAUAUUUAAAGAAGGACUUCCUACAAUAUACGGGCAGCUUUAAGGAACGCGGUGCAAGAUAUGCACUUCUCAGUCUUACGGACGAGCAGAAACUCAAGGGAGUGAUCAGCGCCUCGUUGGGAAAUCAUGCUCUGGCUCUCUGUUACCACGGCUGGAAAUUGGCAAUACCUGUUACCGUGGUCAUGCCAAAGGCAGCGCCCAUUAUGAAAGUACAGAAGUGUCGCAAUUACAAGGCCCGCGUGAUUGUUGAGGGUCAGGACAUGGGGGAGGCCAAGUCGCUAGCCAUGCGCAUGUCGCGGGAGGAGCAGCUGCUCUAUAUCAAUGGCUACGAUCAUCCGCACAUCAUGGCCGGUCAAGGUACAAUUGGCCUAGAAAUACUGGAGCAGGUGCCAGAGCCGGAUGUAGUUGUGGUGCCAGUUGGUGGCGGCGGCCUCAUCGCAGGCAUUGCCACAGCUGUGAAGGCGCUCUCGCCCAAGACCAAAAUAAUUGGCGUAGAAUCGGAAAAGUGCGCCAGCUUUUCAAAAGCUAUGGAGAACAAAGGUCCUAUCAGUACGCCCAUUAAGAACACGCUAGCCGAUGGCUUGGCCGUACCCAAGGUUGGGGUCAAUGCGUAUGCCACAGCUCUACCGUUAAUCGAUCGUAUGGUUGUGGUGAAGGAGGAGUGGAUAGCCGUGGCCAUCUUACGUCUGGUUGAGGAGGAGAAGUGUGUGGUUGAAGGCGCUGGGGGUGCUGGACUGGCUGCCAUACUGGCUGGCCAUUUGGACGAUCUCAAGGGCAAGAGGGUUGUGGUGCUGCUCUGCGGAGGCAAUAUAGACACAACCGUCUUUGGUCGUUGCUUAGAGCGCGGACUGGCAGCUGAGGGUCGCUUGGUCAAGUUCAAUGUGGAGGUCAGUGAUCGUCCGGGCGGCAUAAAUGAUCUUUGCUCUCGGCUGGUGCGCUUGGGUGUCUCCAUCAAGGACAUCAUGCAUGAACGGGCCUGGCUGCGAGACAUUUACACGGUGGAGGUGAAAGUGGUCUGCGAGACGAGAGACUGGGAGCACAGUCUAGAGCUGAAGAACGAGCUCAAGAAAUAUUAUUCCAAGGUCCAGUUCUCCGAUGUUCCGCUGGCAAUUAACGAAAAGGCUUAAAUAUGUAUAUAAUUUACGGUUCUUUUUAUAUAUUCGUGUAUGCACUAAAU